AUGCCUCCCCAGGGCAAGAAAACUCUUCGCGAAAGUGCUCUCGAGACGAACAAGAAUAACCCAUCACAACUCGGAGAUCCCAUCUCUCUCAAAUCAGAAACCGCAGAUAGCUCACCCACCAACCAAGACCGCGGAGCCUCAUCCUCCUCUCAGUCUUCGUCAUCCGUCAAGGAGAAUCUCAAGAGCACAGCACCAGCGCCCACAGAAGGGGACACGGACGGGAAGGGAAAGGGAGGACAUCAAACUCUGAGACAAAAGGCGAUGCAGAAAUUGGAGGAGAAUCCAAGUCAGCUGGGCGAUCCUGUUAGCUUGAAGGCGGAAACAGCAGACUCAAGGCCGACGGAUCAGGAUAAAGGCGCGGCAGGGAAAGGUGGAAAGUCAAAACUUUGA